AUGAAACGAACACAUUUCACAACAUUAGGGGAAGAGGUCAGAUUUGAUGACAACGGUGAUCCUAUUGCAUCCUAUGACCUGAUGAACUGGCAAAAAGGGUCUGAUGGCUCCCUUCAGCUAAUGAGGGUGGGAUUCUAUGAUGCCUCACUCGAAGAUGACAAGGACCUAGUAAUAGAUGAGCCAGUAAUUAUGUGGCACAGAGGAGAGAAGCAGGUUGGAGUUUCAUUGUGCAGUCAAAGCUGUCUGCCAGGCUCCAGGAAGGCCAGGCAAAAAGGAAAGCCAGUCUGCUGCUUUGACUGCAUACCAUGUGCUGAAGGAGAGAUCAGUAAUCAAACAGACUCAAAUGAUUGCCUGACAUGUUCAAAGGAAACAUGGCCAAACCAAGCCCAAGACCAGUGCAUUCCCAAAACAUUAGAGUUUUUGUCCUUUCAGGAGCCUUUGGGAAUAAUUCUAUGGUCAGUUUCAGCAUUCGGGGCCUGUGCAGCAUUAGCAGUGCUUGGUGUGUUUAUAAUGUACAGGAAAACACCAGUCAUACGAGGAAACAAUAUGGAGUUAAGUUUCCUUCUCCUCCUGUUCCUCUGCGCAUGCUUUCUGAUUGGCCUGACAUUUAUAGGGAAGCCCACUGACUGGUUAUGCCGGACUCGGUAUCCAGCCUUUGGAAUCAGCUUUACUCUCUGUAUUUCAUGCAUCUUGGCAAAAACUGUAGUAGUUUUAAUGGCAUUCAGGGCCACCCUCCCUGGCAGUAAUGUCAUGAAGUGGUUUGGCCCUGCUAAACAAAGAUCAAGUGUUAUCCUCUGUACUUUUGUGCAAGGACUUAUUUGCAUCAUAUGGUUAACAACUAAGCCUCCUGUUGCUGCAUAUAAUACCAAGUUCAUGAGUGCAACAAUAACUGUUGAAUGUGCUGUAGGAUCUGAAAUUGGAUUUUGGUGUGUGCUAGGAUACAUUGGCCUCCUAGCCUCUUUGUGUUUCUUAUUAGCAUUUUUGGCCAGAAAACUACCAGAUAACUUUAAUGAGGCUAAAUUCAUCACAUUCAGCAUGCUUAUAUUUUUUGCUGUGUGGAUAACCUUCAUUCCAGUUUAUGUGAGCUCUCGUGGAAAGUAUAUGGUUGCUGUCCAUGUCUUUGCUAUUCUAGCCUCUGCCUUUGGUCUCUUGCUGUGUAUAUUUGCUCCUAAGUGUUAUAUUGUACUUCUAAAACCUGAGAGAAAUGACAAAAAGCAUAUGAUGAAAAAAUAG